AUGACUAUGGCAAUGUAACUGAUGUAGUACGUCUUUUAUACAUAACGCUAAAUGCUUGUAAUUUGCCUUUUUCUUUAUGUGUAGCUUAAGACUAAAACUCUACAAAGGAAUUUUUAAAGUUUGCUUUAGAGGACUACAUCAUUGCAAGUGUAUAACAGCUCUAACAAACAACCUUCUCCAUUUAUGUGCAGGAGUGUGUAGCGCCAAUGUGAUUCGUUUCAGUGCUAACUUACUACAACUAAACUGGCCAUUUUUAAAACGGUAAACGUCGCGACUAAACACGACUGUAUUGCAGCACGAAACAAGAAGAUAUAGCCAAGUGUAAUCGCAACUGCAUUCGUGUAUUGUGUCUUUUACACACGCUGACUGGUGUAACAGAGGGGUUACCAAUGGAGACAGGAGACGCCUAAUCAGAUUUAGCUAGGUUAGCUAGCUACGUUCAGAUUUAACGCAUCCAGGAGAGAUUCAACAUGACUGCAAAACUGAAGGGCACCUCAUCCAAAAGUUCAUUUGGAGAUGAUGAUUUGCUUGACAGCUUAUUUGAGGAUAAAAAACUCCCAGUACGAGGGAGAGCCACUCGUAGUGCACCUCUGAAUCCCUCUUCUGCCACUGAUAACAUCUUCAGUAUGCUGGCAGAGGAGGUGAAGAGGGAUGGUGGGGACACUGAGGACUCUGAUGUCUCAGCAGCAGAUCCCAGUGACAUACUGAAGAACAUGAAGGACAUGGAUGAUAUGGAUGCUGACCUUUUUGCAUCAAAGAAAAAGCCUAGUUCAGCUCCUGCACAAACAAAGCUGCUUGGUAAUGAAGGGCAAAAGAAAAAUUCACCCUUGUUAGAAAGUGAUGUAAAACCAGAAGAAGCAGAUGAACCCAUCACAAAAGGAAAGAAGCCAAACUCCGCACCUUCGUCUACUGCACAUAACUACAAGAAGUUCACCUUCUCUGACAGUGGCGGUGAUGAUGGAGGUCUUGGUCAGACACCUCACAUGAAAGAUCUAGAUGACCCGCUGGCUGAUUUGCUUGAUGACCUGCUUCCAGAUGAAACCGAGCCCAAAUCUAAAUCUGGCACUCAGACCAAAUCUGGAAAGUCUGUGCCUUCAGCAUCUCCUGUCCCACAGACUGACGCAUCUAAGGCAGCGAAGAAACGAAGUGAUCUCAUAUUUGAUGACGAUAAGGAAGACCUGAUGGAUGCACUUGGAUUUGACAGUGAUAAAAACAUUUCCAAGAAAAAAGAGACUGCACUUUGGUCCAACAAGGAAAAGACUGAGCCCCCUCAGAGAGCUCGUACCAGACUAGAUGAGAUUCUGGAGAGCUUGACUUCACCUCAUCUUAUGGAACGACCGCCAACAGGCGAGAGGAAGGACCCGCCUCCGUCUCAAGAGAAGCAGCAGCAAGAGAAGACCUCUGGUGUUAAAGAAUCACUUGUAGAAGAUGACCUCACGUUUGGCUCCUAUCAGCCCACCCUGGUGUCCACACCUGAAGGGCGACAGUCCCGCAGACAGUCCGUCAGAUUUUCUACAGAGGAUGUCAGCUCUUCUACCCCAGAGAAGAAACACAAACCCAUCACCCCCUCCUCCUCUCGACAGCGCAACUCAGCUGACUGGCUAGGCCUCAAGUCAAAUGAUGACCUUACCUUUCUAGAAGGUGAUAUCAAAGAAACAAAGACCUCAGAAUCUCCAAAGGCUCCUUCCUCUCCAUCGUUAGAGAGAAGAACCUCCCUAACUGGUAGCCACAGCACAUCUGCCGCAGCAGUAGAUACCCCAGCUCCAACUGAUCAUGUCUCAAAACAAACCAAACCAGAGGUGUGUAAAAGCCAGAAGGGAGAAGAGGAGGAGGAUGACUGGUUAGCAGGAGCACUGAGCAGGAAGAAGGCUCUGUCAGUGUCAAACUCUGAGGCAAAAACAUCUAAGCAGGGAGACUCUUUAGGCCUGGGACAAGAAGUGGAUCUGGAGUUGACUGUUAGUAAACAAGUCACUUCACAAGCUCCCAGGGGCAGAGCGGAAUCUCUAACAUCUUUCAGGGAAACUAGCAACACUUUUCUCGGACAGCCCAGCCCCACUGCUCACUCCACUCCUGUCAGAGAGAAGGGCAGCGUGAAAGAUUGCCCUCCUGGGGUUAGUGGUCCCUUGCCUGUCUCUGCUGCUAGCGUUAGCCACACCCAACCCCAACCUCAGUCCCCAUCCCAACACCUACCAUCAGAUAAAGGAUCCAGGGUACUGCGAGGGCCCAGUCAGGCUCCAGAUGAAACCCCGCAACAGCUGCAGUUGCUCAACCCCAUGUCUGGUAUACUGCCUGGCUCAAUUUGGACAGUUCCACAGCAAAACCAAAUGCAAAACACACCAGUUGCAGUCCAACAACAGGUGACACUAUCAGCAGACAAUCUGCAGCAGCUGCUUCUACAACAGCAGAUGAUGCAGUCUCAGUUGCUGGGCCUGGGGGACAUUGUGGAUGCAGGGGUCCUGCAGAGACUCAAAGAGAAAAACCAACUCCCUGGGGACUAUCACGCUUUGCAGGCUCGCAUCAUCCAGCUGGAAGGACAGGUUAAGAGCCUGCAGCUGGAGCGAGACCAAAGCCAAAUGUUGCUGGAGAAUAUCCAACAGCGGCAUAAACAGGAUAUGGAGCUCAUGGAGAGCACACACAAGGCUCGCGUGAAACUGCUCGAGGAAUCGGCAGCCCAGAGGGAGACGCAGUUGCGUCAAGAGUGUGAAGACCUAAUGGAACGCUUGGCCACAGUAACACGAUUGGCUGAGCAGGAACGUUCAGAGCUGCAGGCUCAGUACCAACGCAAGCUGUCCCAGGCCCAGCAAGACAGAGACCGGGAGGUGGACAGACUCAGAGACCUCCAGAGGAAAUCUAUUUUAGAAAUGAAAAAAGACCAUGAGCACCAGGUCCAGAGACUGAAGAAAUUAAAGGACGAGGAGAUUGAUGCAGUCACAAGUGCAACAUCUCAGACCAGGUCUCUCACAGUGGUGAUUGAGCAGAUGGAGCAGUUUACCUCUCGGCUCGGAGAGCUUUCUUCUCGUGUGGAGAGCACACAUGAACACACCGCUCAUGGCUUGGAGCAGGGUGCACGGCACAGAGAUGAACAGCUUCGAAUCAUGCAGGACCGUCUGGCCCAGCAGCAGAAAGCCAUGGCAGAGGAGAGAACUUACCUCAAGGAAAUCAUUUCCAGGAUGGACACUCAGCUCAAUGAGCAGCAGAGACAGCUUGAGAAGGAACGAUGGAAGAUGACAGCAGAGCAGGCCAAAGCAGAGUCCAUCCAAAGAGGCCUGGAAGAAGAACGUCGUACCCUCACCAUGCAGAUCAACAUGGAAAGAGAGGAGCUGGAAAGAGCUAAGAGCGCGUUACUGGAGGAACAGAAGUCGGUGAUGCAGCAUUGCGCAGAGGAGAGGAGGAAGCUUGCAGCUGAGUGGGCCCACUUCCAUGCUCUUGAGAAGCAGAGGCAUGAGAGAGCUGAGCGGGAGGUCAGCAGUCUCUUGGAGAAGAGAGAGGGCUCCAUCAUCAGUCUGGCACAGGAACAAGCUGAUUUAAAGCUUCAUACUGCAGAGCUGAAACAAAAGGAGAUGGCCGUUGCACAGGACAGAGAGACUCUGGAAAGACUAAGAGAAGAACUGGACAGAGAGAAAGAGAGAAUAAGCAGCUCAGCAUUAAGACUUAAGACCCGAGCCCAAGAGGUGGAGGCUUUUAGCAAGCUUGCUGCAGAGAAGCACGAGGAAGGAGAACGAGCAUUGCGGGAGGCAAAGCGUGUGGAGGCUGAGCACGAGGCAAGACUCGUAAAUAUCCAUAAGCAGACAGAGCGGCUGAGACAGCAGGAACAGCAAAUCCUGCAGGAGCGAAUGCACUUAAGCCAUCUGCAGAAGGAGACCGAGAGGCUGAGACAAGAUAUUCCAAUUACCUCGUUAUCACAGAUGAUUCCUCUCAGCGUAACAGAUCCAGGUUCAGUGUUGCCACGCCCUGAGACAUCAACCCUGAAUAUUCCCCCUCCCACUUCAUUUGCCAACACCCAGUCCAUGGCUCUGCAGGCUAGUCUGGCUCUGUGGAGGUACACUGCAGAAAAGGACCGUGAAUACCUGCAAGAAGAACAGAUCUUCUUGGACAAUUUGAAGAAGAAAUCUUACAGAUCAUCUUUCAACACAGAAUGACCAACACAUGCCGGGUGCUCCAAGCAGAAUCCAUGUUACUUUUCAUGUGCCCAAUACUUGAAUUUUAUACAUUUCUUAAUUUUAUUGUCUGUAUGUUUUAGAGCAAACAUGGUUUUUACUUUGCAUAAAAACAAAUCUACUGCA